AUGUCGGAUACCACUGCAAGCACACAUAAAGAAAUCGAGGAACCUCUUCCCGAACCGCGGACCGAGGAAAUGUCGGAUACCACUGCAAGCCCACAUAAAGAAAUCGAGGAACCUCUUCCCGAACCGCGGAUGACCAGAUCCCGUCAGGAGAGCGGGACAACUGUGAGAAGGAAGGGUUCGACUCUGGCGAAGAAGAACGAGGAUGCCGAGUGGAAAACGGAAAAAAUGGAGGUGUUUGGCCAAGUGAAAGACGAACUGAAGACCGAAGAAGGAACCAACACCCAGAAACGCAACUACAUUCGGAUGCGAAUGGCCGCAACUGAUGAUGGGACUUAUAUGCAUUCCUUCCUUCAACUGAUAGACCUGGAAUUCCGAGAAUUUGAGAUACCAGAAGAACAGUGGGGACUCGAAAUAAGGAAAUAUUUGACGGGCAAGGCCAGGGAGUAUUGGGGACUCCUACUACGAUUGGGAACGGAUAUGUCAGACUGGCCACUCAUACUGUUGCUGGUGAGGAACAAUCCAUGGCGGGGAAAUUAUAACGAGUACAUUGCUCGAUUUUACGAUAUAGCAGAUGAAGCAGAGUCUGUAACGAAAGAGGAACUGGUGAUGUUUUUUCUUGCGAUGUUACCAGAGGAAAUAGGUGAUAAACUGACUCGAGAUGGAACCAGGAACUUCCAGAACUGGCACGAGGCCGCCCAAGCCCUGAGAGAAUGGGCUGCACCGUUAUGGGCUUGGCGUGAGAAGAGGCGGCGUAUACUGUGGGAGAUUGAAGAUGCGGGAAAAACGCCACAACGGUAA